UCCAUUGAAUUUAGUACAAUUUUGCGCUGAAAUUAAUCGUAAUACACGUUAUAAUACAAUUUUAAUGUCACAUAUAACAAGGUGUAUAUUUAAUGUAUGCAAAUAUACAAGAUGUACUCUGGCUAAAUUAAUACAUUGUAAAGAGGAUGAAUUAAACUGGAAUUCUAAAGAAAUCAAUCAAACUAAAUCCAUGUGUGAAACAUGGGAUAAAGGCUUAGAGAUAAAAAAUGAUCUGGAAAAUUUACGUAAUCAGCUAAUGAAUUUUCCUAAAUUGAUACAAUGUCUACGAUAUCGAUUGGCGAGCCUAAUUUUGCAUAAAUUUCAAUCAAGUAUACAAAUUUACGUGCAUAAUAAUGAGAAGUACAUGAACACCAGUCAAGAAGAACAAGACAAAGAAGAAGAAAACGAUAGUAAAUUAAUUGAUGUCAAUAAAGAUGAAGAAACAGCACAGAAAAAUUAUCGAUUAGUUGUUCAUCCUGUCCUUCUCAGACAGCUUGAAGAUUCUGCCUCGCAAUCCUGCGAUAGUCAACAGCAAAUACAAUUACUACUUUGGCCUCAACCCAAUACAUUAAUCAACAUUUUCAGACUAAUUUUAGAACAGCUGAAACAAUCAUUACACUUAAACAAGGUUAUAUCAGAUGAACAGUUACCGCAAAUCUAUUUCAAUGAAGAUAAAGAUAUUGAAAAUAUAAAUGAAUAUAUUGAUAAUCAAAUUUAUGCUGAUAAACUUGUAGAAACAUUUUAUCGAAAUCCCCACUUAACGGAUAUUAACAUACAGAAACAUGAAAUUAUUAUCCCCUGGAAUAUUAUUAAUCCUGUACAACUGGAAGCAACAAAUUUAUAUAUUUGUGAUAUAGUUAGUCAAUAUCUUCCAACAUAUGAGAAAUUUGAAAAAGAUCUGUUACCUAAAUACCCUCCACAUGUAAGUCAGUCACUGAAAGUUGAUUGGCGUCGACCCGAGUUAGAUUUAAACAUUAGCGGUUACAAUUUCUUUCCUGCAAUUGAUAAUGCCAACCAGUUUGGGUUAUAUUCAUUAAUUGAACAACAAAGUGAGGCUAUGAAACUUUAUGAAUCUCUACUAAUGCCUUGGAGUCAGACAAUACAUGAAAAGACAAAUCAGAUAAUUCAAUCUAUGGAAUGGAUUAUAAGCGUUAAUCAGACAAUCGGCGAAUUAUCAACACUUUUAAACAAUGAAAGAGAAUGUUUUGAAUUAUAUAAAUACCGGGGCUUAUUUCAAACUUCUGUUGAUUGGAUUAAUAAAUUAGUGAAUUUCUCUAAAUGCAGAAGCCUAUUUAAUGAUACUAUCAAAAUGAAUACUAAUCGGUUUUUUAUUUUUAUUGAUUUCAAUCCAUUAUCAAACUUAUUAUAUAAUGAAAUAAUUCAAAAAUUAUACCAAUUAUUAAUGCCAUUUAUAACAAACAUACAUAAUUCAAUAGCAUCAAUGAAUAAUCACCUUGACAACUUAAUUCAGACAAAUACUAAUUUUCAACCUGACUACGAUGGAUUCAUGCAAGUUGUCAAGUAUCUGGAUUGCGUACGUAUUCAACACGAAGAUAUAUUUUUAAGACAUGAUGUCUUAUGUUGUCAAGUUGAGUUUUUACAAUAUUUUCUAAAAUGUCUAAUCAACUGUAAAGAAUUAAGUGAAAUCCAACAGAUUAACUGGUCACAAUAUGAACAAUUUAUUAUUAAAUGGAAACGAUUUACAAAUCAAAAUGAAUGGGCAAGAAAAAAAUUCACACGAUAUCAUCAGGACUUUUAUCAGUGGUAUAAUAAAAAAAUGAAGGAAUCUCUAGACGAAGUGAAGCGUUUGGUUUACUUACUCACAUCCGGUAAAUAUUCUGAUAUUACAAAUGAUUCAAUCAGUGUACUUAGGGAUAUGAAGGAGCCAUAUUAUCAACUAAUAAAGUUGGAAACGCUUAUUCAUCAACUUGUUGCUCAGCAUAGAAGUGUUCAAAAUUGUCAACAGUAUCAAGAAUCAUUUAAUAAAGAGUGUAACAAUCAUAAAAAGAUGAAUAAACCAGUUAUCACGACCACAAUAGAUAAAGCUAUGAAAUGUAAAAAGAAUAAGAAAAAUUUCAUCUGGGAAGAUAAUUCAGAUUUAAUAUCAAUGGAUAAUGAAAUGAAAAAAGCAAAUUGUAGAUAUGAUGCAUGGCAAUUAAAUAGACAAAUUGGUGAAUUUAAAGUAGAGUUAUAUAAGUUAACAUUGGAUAAAAUUUAUUUAAAAGGGAUCAAUGAAAAAUUUGACAAACUUUUAACAACAUGUAACAAUUUGUCCCAUGAUGAUGUAAUCAUUCAGUUCAAUUCUAAGUGGCUAAAACAUCUAAAGAAGAUUAUAAAAGCUUUAUAUUUUAUUACUGAUACUGAAUUGAUAGAUUCAUCACCAGACUACUGGAACAAAUGUUCAGGUUUAUUAGAGCUUCCAUUAACAGUGAAAUGGGAAAAUUGUACAAUUGAGUGUUUAAUGAAAGAAGGGGACAACAAUAGUAGUCUUUUGCAAAGAAAAAAUCAAUUAAAAGAAACCUGGAAAAUCUUUCAUUAUUUAAAAUCUGCACAAGAAUGCAAUACAAUGCUUGAAAACCAGUGGUCAUCGCUAUAUAUUCAUUUUAUUCAUUUAAUGAAUCCACAUAAAUGUUCGUCGAAAAAUGUUCAAUGUUCCAUGGAUAGUAGUUCUUUUGGAACAUUGAAUCAGAGCAUUUCAGGCAGAUGUUCCAUUAACACUUAUAAUGCAUCCUCUGAUAUACAGUUUCCAUGGAUAAUUUUAAAUAUCACUGAUUUAAUUGAACAACUGUACCAUAUAUCAGUUAAAUUACAAAGUUUAUUACAAUCUGGAUUGUUAUAUGUAACUAAAACAGUCAAAAUGAAGCCAAUUUCCACUUCCUUAUCAACAUCGGUAGUAAAUGAAUACAUGAAUGAAAAUGACUCUAUAGUAUCUGCACGUUAUUCGUUGAAACAACUGAAUCAAAGCAUAACUGUGUUAACAUGUUUCAAGUCAAUACAGGAUCAUUGGUUAUAUUUACAUCGAUUGCAUUCAUUAAAACAAACCUGUGAAGAAGUAAAUUCAAGUGGAUUUAUUAGUUUAACAGAUAAAUUUAUACAAAUGACUAAUGAUUUGUUAACAAACAAUGAAAUAGAAAUUAUCAGGGCUACUGAUUGUUCUGAACUUGAAGAUAUUGAAAAAUUGAAAUUGGCGAAAAUGAACUUGAAGUUAUUCAUUAGUUAUGUUCACAUCAAAUGGGAUUCAUGGUUUACGUUAAAAUCAAAUUUUGAAGAAAGUGUUGCGAAGUUUAAUAAAGCAGCUGAAGAAAUGUGUGAUACAUUUCCUCCAUUUUGUUUACUAACUAAUAUGGAAAGAAUGAACUUAUAG